AUGGUCACUCCCUUCACGACCUUCUCGCCGCGGGAGCACCGGGACACCAGCGACACGGACUACUCCAUCCUUGCCAACUUUGGUGCUGGCUGCUGGCUCGUCCUGCCUAAGCUCCAGCUCCGCGUCCACCUCCAGCCCUACGACCUCGUGAUCUUCCAGACGAACAGCUUAACCCACGCCACGGCGGCUGUCGACGGCGAUUGCGAGGCGGAUCAGCGCUGGAGCCUCUCGUACUAUCAGCGGAAGGCGGUCCGGAACGACUGCCUUGGCGCCUCGCCGACCUACGCCGCCAACGGGCAGGAGAUGUAG